AUGGGAAACACUGAGCUGUCUUGCAAGGUGGAGUAUGCCAGAUGCAUAAUCAAGAGGGAUAAGCGGGUGCUGAGCGUUGGAUGCAAGGUCAUACGCUGGAACGACGAGGCAUACGACCAUCUUGUGGUAGAUCGCAGGAUGUCAUCAAGCGGCAAGGGCGAAGGGCUUCUCAUCCUCCUAUCAAGGCCUUCGACACAGGCAAAACUCUCACAGCUGAGGCCAUCGCAGAUAAAACCCGGCGGGCCGUUCCUCAACCUCCAGGCAGAAGACCUUGGACUCGACGCGAAGGUUAUGGGCCGCAAACUUAAGCCGGCGCUCGAGGUGGCCACGGAAUGGGGCGCGGUUGUCUUGGUCGACGAGGCAGACGUGUGUUCAUGUCCAAGCGGGACUACAACCACAUCCAACUCGACGAGCUCAAGUAGGGUCUUGGGCUUUGGAGAUCGGGAUAAUCUGAGGCCGCACUGGCCGGAUCAUCUUGGCAUGCUUAGAAGAAUGACACAUUUACAAGAGUCUAGGCGUCAUUCAAUGGGAUCUCUACCGGCAAUAUCUUCUAUAUUUAAGAUCAUGCCCUACAAUGCUGUUGGCAUUGUUUAUAUUAUUCAAAAGGCGUAA